CGACUGCUCAGCUCUUAUCUUUCGCCAUGGUUUUGUAAAACAAAUAAUUGACAAUUAACCAAAGGAUAAAGAGCAGGAAAUAUUGGAUGGGCAAAUGAUUUAAUCCGCCAAGAUAACUGAAGCAUGUUCAAAGCCGGCAGGUCGCCUUCGGGGAGGAUCGGUAAAAGAUAAAAGAAAAGCUUUAAAAAGCCCUCAUUGGUAGGAAGAUCGAUGGUUUUUAAAAACUGAUUAGUGCUUAAAAUGGUUGAAACAAUUGGGUACCGACACAGGCUCUGAUACAGAUCUAGAAAUCUCUGCUUGUAUGAUAUGAAGAAAGUAUCAUGUUUCCAAUUGGCAGAUUGCAGCACCAUUGUUAUGUCCUGAACAAUUUCUGGAUUCCUUCCUAUUGCAGGCUUCUUCAAUAUGCAAUCAUGCCAGAUCUGAAAGUGAAAUGCUAUCUUUAUGGUGUUGUGUUGAAGUAUUGUUUUGAACUGCAGCCAAGGAGCAUGAUAGGGUUGAGGUUCUUGCAUUGGUGAAAGGCAAGAAAGGAGUCGCUAUACAAUGCAGGUCCACAUAUCGCCUAGUAUGAGAAGCAUUACCAUUUCCACCAGCAAUGGCUUCCUUGACUUUAUGAAGGCGAAGGGAGCAGCUCGUCAUUUGUCUUUUAGGACCCUCCUCCACACCAUGCUUGUGCUCGCAUUUUUGUUGCCUUUUAUCUUCAUUUUGACGGCCCUCGUUACACUGGAAGGGGUCAACAAGUGUUCCUCCUUCAGUGAUUGUCUUAGCAGGAGAUUAGGACCAAGCCUUUUGCGGAGGGCAGAUCCUUCGUCAAGAAUGGCACAAGAUAUAUAUGAAGUCCUCCUGCAAGCAAGCAAUGAAGAACUUCCUGAAGGAUUAACAGUUCCCGAAUCAUUCAAUGAACUUAUCACUGAUAUGAAAAUGAAUCAGUAUGAUGCCAAGAUGUUUGCCUUCAAGACAAAAGCCUUGGUUGAGCACUUGGAGAAACAAACUCGUUCAUCAAAACUACAAGAAUAUGUGUAUAGGCAUUUCGCAUCAAGUGGCAUUCCAAAAGGGAUGCAUUGCCUCUCUCUUCAGUUAGCGGAUGAGUAUUCCUCUAACGCCCAUGCUCGUAGACAGUUGCCACCUCCUGAAUUAGUCCCUCACCUUACAGAUAACUCGUACCAUCACUUUGUUCUGGCCACUGAUAAUGUCCUUGCAGCUUCGGUGGUAGUUGGCUCAGCUAUAAGAGCUUCUUUGAAGCCAGAAAAGAUUGUCUUUCAUGUCAUAACAGAUAAAAAGACAUAUGCUGCAAUGCAUUCAUGGUUUGCUUUACAUCCUCUUCCACCUGCAAUUGUUGAGGUUAAAGGAGUACAUCAAUUCGACUGGUUGACAAAAGAUAAUGUGCCUGUCUUAGAAGCCCUGGAGAGUCACAUGGAAAUCCGAAGGUAUUACCAUGGAGACCAUGUUAUUGGGACAAACUUGAAUGAAUCUCCAAGAAUUGUAGCUUCAAAACUCCAAGCUCGAAGUCCCAAAUACAUAUCAAUAAUGAACCACUUGCGCAUAUAUCUUCCAGAGCUUUUCCCAAACCUUCACAAAGUGGUUUUUCUGGAUGAUGAUGUUGUUGUUCAACAUGAUUUGUCUCCCCUGUGGGAUAUUGGUCUUAAAGGAAAGGUCAAUGGAGCAGUUGAAACAUGCAGAGGCGAUGAUCACUGGGUCAUGUCCAAGCACUUCAGAACUUAUUUCAAUUUCUCUCAUCCCCUUAUAGCGAAUAAUUUUGAUCCAGAGCAAUGUGCGUGGGCAUAUGGGAUGAACAUCUUUGAUUUACAAGCAUGGAGAAAGACAAACAUCAGAGAAACGUAUCACUAUUGGCUUAAACAGAACAUAAACUCCAAUCUGACUCUCUGGCGGUUGGGAACUCUUCCACCUGCAUUGAUUGCAUUUAACGGCCAUGUUCAGCCUAUUGAUCCUUCUUGGCAUAUGUUAGGAUUGGGAUACCAAUCUGAAUCAAAUCCCAUAAAUAUUCGUAAUGCUGCUGUGAUCCACUAUAAUGGGCAGGCAAAACCGUGGUUGGAUAUUGCCUUCCCUGAGCUAAGACCGUUUUGGACAAAACAUAUAAAUUACUCUAAUGAGUUUUUAAAAAAAUGUCAUAUCAUGGAGUCCUAAUUUUCAACAUUUGGCAGUUCAUUUCCAUUCCAAUCCCAACCCAUUCAUUCUUUUGCACUGUAAGCAAGCGGGUUCUAGGCAAAAUUCCAGCUAAGUUUGCCUGCAUUUUUGCCUGACAGGCAGAUGGCACUAAGGCUCAGUAUUACAUGAGCCUUUUUUGUUGUCAUUGCCGCUAUUGUUCUUUCUACUGUCCCAAAAAUGGGAAUAUGUGAUCCUAAUGGUUCAAAUCUGCUAUUUGUGAUAAGAUAGGAUCCUCUUGAAACAAUUGCCAUGCAAUUCCAUUCAAGAUUCUAUUCAUUUAUAAAAAGGCAACACGCUUAAGUGAAAUAUUUGAGGAAGGUUGCGAGAGCUAUCUUCUCAACAAAAACGAAUUCCUUUGUAGUUGUCAAAUGCUUAAUCAUUGGUAAGAUUAAUUUGUAUGUGUCAACAUACAUA